AUGAUGCUGUUUUUGGACUUGAUUGAUGGAUUCGGCUCUAACCAUCAGAUCAUCGUUGCCGUGAGCUUCGUGCUAUUGCUGUUUUACCUGCAUCACACCUUGACCCAAACCGACAUACCAAGGAUAGCAGGUAUCAAAGAGAUACCAGGAGCUCUUCCAAUCACUGGUCAUUUGCUUGCACUCGGCGAUGACCAUGCUACAGUAUGUGAGAAAUGGUGGAGAGAUUACAAACAGUCCAUCUUCCAGAUCCGACUCGGCAACACACGAGCUGUAGUCGUCAACAGCUUUGAUGAUUGCAGGAAAAUGCUUGUGGGCCAUCAGUCAGCAGUGAUAGAUCGCCCAAAGCUAUACACCUUCCAUGGCAUCAUUUCUUCAACGCAAGGCUUCACGAUUGGGUCGUCACCGUGGGACGAGAGCUGCAAGAACAAGCGUAAAGCUGCUGGCCAGACUCUGGGACGUCCAGCGAUGAAGACCUACCAGCCGAUGUUCGACCUCGAGACAUAUUGCAUGAUCCGUGAUCUUGCCCACGAUAGUCGUGGAGACGGGACUCAUCUCAACAUCAGACCUUAUUUGCAGAGGUAUGCCCUAAACACAACCUUGACCUUAUGCUAUGGCAUCAGAAUGGAUAGUAUGUGGGAUGACAUGUUGCGAGAGGUUUUGGAGGUAGGAAGUGCUAUCAGUCUAUUACGAAGUGCAUCAGAGAACUAUCAAGACUACGUGCCGAUCUUGAGGUACUUACCCAACAACGAGAAGAAUCAAAAGAGCAAGAGUCUGCGUGGCCGCAGAGACAAGUAUCUCAAUGAAUUGCUAGACAAGAUUCGAGAGAUGAUUGAGCACGGCACUGAUAAGUCAUGCGUUUCUGCAUCGAUCUUGAAAGACGAAGAGACGAAGCUCACCGGCGUAGAAGUAUCGUCCAUAUGCCUGAGUCUGGUCUCUAGAGGCUUUGAGACGAUACCGGACAUUAACCGACACUAUCCCAACAUCGAGGUUGCCUGGAAGGAGUCUCUCGAAGUCGAGACUGUGCCAUACGUCAAUGCGAUCGUGAAGGAAGCUGCGCGAUACUACACCGUCUCGGCCAUGAGUCUGCCCAGAAAAGCGUAUACAGACAUCGACUGGGAUGGUGCCAUCAUCCCCAAGGGUACGAUGGUUCUCAUCAACGCACAAGCCGGCAACCAUGUCAUGGAUCACUUUGGCCCGGAUGCAGAUGCUUUCAAACCAGAAAGGUGGCUCAAGACUGUGGUCCCAGGGGAAGAGAUCGCUGCGAGCGGCCUCCAGCAUCUUUCCUUUGGUGCGGGUUCGAGGGCAUGUUCCGGUCAAUACAUUGCCAGCCGGCUAUUGUACACUGCUUUAGUUCGCUUGAUCUCGAGCUUCAAGAUUGUAGCCAGCGAGAAGGAGCCCCCGAACACGGACUAUGUAAAUUACGAUGCUAUCAAGUCGGCGCUCGUGGCCAUCCCGCGAGACUUCAAGGUCAAACUGGUGCCUCGUGAGCCCGUAGAUCUUGAUCGGUGCCUGCAGCUGGCGGGGGCAAGGACGAAGGAGGCGUAUGCGUGA